AUGCUGCGACGACUUUUAAGACCACGGAACUUGGCUUUGAUUGGGACAGCUGGUAUUGGCGUUGGGUACUUGGUUAACAAUAACGAUGUCGCCUCAAAGUUGGGGAUUGUGCGGUUUGCUCGUGCUGGAUGCACUGUAAGUCAGUUUUUUUUGCAUUAAGAAAAUGUUUUUAACAUUACUUGAUUAACAGAUAUUGUUAAAAACAUUUUUUCAAUAAUAUUUAUGUUUUUUUUUGCGUUUAGGCAACACGAAUGAUUGUGGAUUAUAAGUUGACUAUGAAUGGAGAUCCAGAAUCAGCUGAAUACAAGGCUAGGAUGCAUUUGUGUCAUUUGAGAGGAGCUAACAGACUCUUGGACCUUUGUAAAGCUAAUGGCGGUGUCUUUAUCAAAGUAGGACAACACAUUGCUGCUUUACAAUACCUUUUGCCUGAAGAAUACACGUCUGUGCUUGGUGUUUUACAUUCAAAAGCUCCGGCGAGUAAUUUUGAGGAUAUUAAGAAUGUUUUUGUCACAACAACGGGUAAAGAUGUGAGUUUAUUUACUUAUAAAGAUGUAAACCCAAAAAUUCGUCAUCUACUUUAACUGAUUUUUCUAUAUACUUUAACUUUUGUUCCAGUUUGACGAAGUUUUUGAAUAUUUCAAUACAAUUCCUUGUGGAGCGGCCUCUCUUGGUCAAGUUCACGAUGCACGGCUGAAGUCAGGAGAGAAGGUGGCAGUCAAAAUCCAACAUCCAUAUGUCAAAGACAGAUCUGUUGUUGAUGUAGCUACGAUGGAAUUGUUUGUAAGAAUAGCAGAUCGAUUGUUCAGCGACUUCAAGUUAAUGUGGUUGGUGGAAGAGACAAAAAAGAAUUUGCCAAAAGAACUGGACUUUAUCCAUGAGGCCAAAAAUGCGGAGAAAGUGCGGGCAUUGUUCAGACACAUGGACUUCCUCGAGAUACCUAGGAUUCACUACGACCUGUGCUCGGAAAAGGUGUUGACGAUGGAUUUCUGCGAAGGAGCUCAAAUAACGGAUGUUGAUUUUUUCAAAAGACAUAACAUCGACACUCAUGAUGUAGGUUUUCAAUGGUUAUAUUUAGUUUACGGGUAAAAAACCAUAUCUGAUAAAAUGGAUAGACAGCUAACUAUAGUCUAACAUUUUAUAAUAGAAUAAGUAACACUAAAACGUAAUCAAUGUAUAACAUGCAAAAAUAAUAAGCAGAAAAAAUUUCAGAUUUGCCGCAAAAUUGGCCACUUAUACAGUGAGAUGAUAUUCAAAGAUGGCUACAUUCAUUGCGACCCCCACCCCGGCAACGUAUUGGUACGACAAGACGAGAACAAUCAAGUAAAACUGGUACUCUUAGAUCAUGGCCUUUAUUCGGUAA